UCGAGCAGCAUCUGAUUACAGCAGCAGAGACAGGGACAGACGGCGGUAACUACCGGAGGGGGAGGACACUUUUUUAUCCACCAGCUGAGGACAACUUCUCCGUCUCCUCUGAGCAGAACGCGGCACUUUAAUUCAACACCCAUGUUUGUUUUUCCCGUUUAACACGGUGAAAAGUUUUCUUCCUCUCCAAAAGGAGGAGCAGGGAAAACAGCAGCAGAAGCGGACUGAUCCUGAUCCUGCUGGUGAAAACAGGGACCGACGGUGACUGCGGAGUAAACCGGCGACAUGUCGCAGUUUGUGGAGGCUUAACGAGGACUAUUAUCAUUACCGCUGCCUUUUUCUUCCCUUUGACGGUUCCAGAUACGACAACCGGUGAGUGAGGAGGAGGAGAGAGGCCGCAGCUCCUGCACGGUGUUCUGGUUUGUUCCUCCAGGUCGGAACAAAAACAGGAAUCUUCCUCUCACCGCCUGUCCCUUCUCAGGCCCACAGAGAUAAAAGCCAUCUUCUGCUUGGACAUCUGUCCGUCUCUGUUUUUGUCUUUGUUAAGUCUUUUCUGUAGCCGCCAUCAUUCCGUGCUGUAAAGCCGACCCCAACAUGUCGUCCAAUGGAGACCUCAGUGAACUGGGGAGCUCAGACAGCUUCUGGGAGCCAGGGAAUUACAAACGAACGGUGAAGCGGGUCGAUGACGGCCAUCGUCUGUGCAAUGAGGUAGUCACCUGCUUCCAGGAGAGGGCAAAGAUAGAAAAGAGCUACGCUCUGCAGCUGAGCGACUGGGCCAAGAGGUGGAGGGGCAUCGUGGAGAAAGGUCCUCAGUAUGGUACGCUGGAGAAGGCGUGGCAUGCUUUCAUGAUGGCGGCCGAUCGGCUCAGUGAGCUGCACUUGGAGCUGCGGCAGCGGCUGGCCGGCGAGGACAGCGAGAAGGUGCGCAACUGGCAGAAGGAUGCCUUCCACAAGCAGAUGAUGGGAGGAUUCAGAGAGACCAAAGAUGCAGACGACGGCUUCCGGAAAGCACAGAAACCCUGGGUCCGCAAACUGAAAGAGGUGGAUUUAAGUAAGAAGAGCUACCAUCAGGUCAAGAAGGAGGAGUGGACAGCGACAACUAGGGAAACUCACGCCAAGGCCGACCCGACAAAGUCUCAGGAGGAAGUUCGCAAAUUCACUGUCCGGGUGGAGCGCUGCAACCAGGAGGCCGAGAAAGCUAAGGAGCGCUAUCAAAAGGCUCUGGAGGAGCUGAACCGCUGUAACCCUCGCUACAUGGAGGACAUGGAGCAGGUGUUUGACCUCACCCAGGAGGCUGAGCGCAAGAGGCUGUGUUUCUUUAAAGGAGUCCUGCUGGACAUUCACACACACCUCGACUUGUCUGCCAAAGAAGGGUUCAGAGACCUGUACCGAGACCUGGGUCAGACCAUCAGAGCAGCCAACGAUGCUGAUGAUCUCCGAUGGUGGAGGAACACGCACGGACCGGGCAUGAGCAUGAACUGGCCACAGUUUGAGGAGUGGUCUCCAGAGACGAGUCGCUCCAUCAGCAGGAAGGUGCGAGCUGGACACUCCGAGGAGAACGUGGUCACCCUCACCAACAUCGUCUCCUCGGCUGGAGAUAAUGUCCCACCGAGUCCCAUCACCACGGACACUGACAGGACAAAAGAUUAUUCAUCAGAAUGGUCAGACGAGGAAAGUCCCAAGAAGGUGCUGCCUAAUGGCGUUGGAGAUGGGGAGGAAGAUGAGGAGGAGGAGGAGGAGGAGGAGCAGGUAGAGGAGGGGGUUCGUGUCCGAGCGAUUUAUGAAUACAUUGGCCAGGAGGCUGAUGAGAUCAGCUUUAAAGCAGGCGAGGAGUUGCUGAAGCUGGGUGAAGAAGACGAGCAGGGCUGGUGUAAAGGACGGCUGAGCAGCGGUCAGGUCGGCCUCUACCCCGCUAACUACGUUCAGCACAUUUCAUCCUGAUGGUCCACUCUCUUUCGUCCGUCAGCCAAUGGUACAACUACACUCAAGAUGCCAGGACCAAUAAAAAGCUAUUAUUAUUAGUACUGUCAUGGAGACGACUGUAAACAAAAAAAAAAUCAUCACUGAGGUUUCUGAGGUGAGUGGAGUCAAGUGUUUUGAAAGUCUUCUCGUGGAAGAGUUAUUGUCUGAAUCAAGAAACUGUCGGGAAACACUACAAAGCUUGGACUCCGACUCCGUUUCCAUCACCUAUCAGUUUCUGAUAGAUCCUGGAUUUCUGUCGUCAUUUACUCAUAAUUUCAGACGGGAUGAUCGAGGAGCACCCAAAACAGGAAACACCUGCUAGUCAGUCUUAACAAACACCAACAUUUUGCUUCUUGUCAUCGUCUACUAGUUGGACAUGAAGCCAAAUGUGCUCAUUUACUUUAGUUCUGAGAUGAGAGAAUCUACAGUUUGCAGCUCUGUUAUCUUAUUGAGUCCAAAACAGACAGUUCGUCUGUUUCCAAAUGUAACACAACUAUUCAACGUGCAUCUCUUCAUCUCUAAUCCAGGCUUAUUUUUCCAGUCUAAAUAGCUGCCGACUAUAAUUUUAGAUUAGAGCUGACUAAUUCUCUGUGGGGAAGAGAAUGAGCUAAUUUCCCCAAAAUCAACUCCUCAUUAAUCAACUUAAAAAGAAAUGAAAUAAACUGCUUCAGUAGACAUCAAAGUUUCUGCUGUGGUUUGGUGGUCGCUGCUUGAAUCGGAGAGAUUUGAAAAACAACCUUUUCUGCCUUGAGGUCAGAAAAGUGUGGCACUGCUCUGAUGACCUGCUGAUGACCUGCAGUAGAAACCAGUAGACGUGAUAUAAGGUUUGUUUGUUUUUUUAUCUUUUCAAACACAACUCAAUCAUGUUGAUCAGUGACUCAGAAGAUGGUUUGUGCUACACUGAAUUUACUUUCUUUACUCGUCGAUUAUUUCGUGAUAACGUGAUUGCUGCAUGUUAAUAUCCAGUCAGCUGUUUUUCAGUGUGGACGACAAAAGGGGGCGGUGACAUUUUUUUAAAGAAUAGCAUAUUUCAGUCAAUUUUUAGUUGUUUUUUUUUGUUUCCUCUUAAAUUUAGCGCCAUGCUUUAUUUUAAUUCAAAGUAAACUGUCGGAUUUGGCUCAGCUAACCUGUGAUAAGUGGUUUUGUUGCAAGUGAUAUAUAUUUUUGUUCUGUGCUGGAACUAUAAAGCACACACACACACACACCACAGUGAAAAUGCCUGUUUUACAUGUUUAUGUUUGGAUUUGUGUGCGAGGAAGUGUCCGCUGAUCUGAGUGUUGCUUCAGAAUAACACAGGCAUGUGUCAAAAAUAAUAAUAAUAAGCGAUAGAGAAAUUAAUGCUGCUGCGCUUUUCCUUUUAAAGCUUGCUUCUUUUUUUUUUGUUUUUCCAAAAUCAUGUACAGUAAACUCGACUGUAUAAAGUGAGAAGCAACAAUAAAGAGCUCUCUGCACUCUGAA